AAUAAUUAGUAUUCAGUUUCUUCUUAUUGUAAACUUAAUAAUAAACAACUAGCAAUUGGAACAUUUAACAACAAUGCAGUGUAUGAAUUAACUACUACAUUAGAGUAAUUACUAUGAAUCACAAAGGGAGAGAGAUUCAUACAUAGGAAAACUAAUGAGUGAGUGAGUAGAAAUGACAAGCUUCUGGAGUUGGUGAAGUGUAAGGACAUCAUUGCAUGAACUUGAUCAUCAAUUAUUCAUCAAAAAUAUAUUGUACGAAAGAUGAUGGGGUCGGAGCAUAUAUUUUUUCAAAUCUAAGAAUAUUAACAAAUUCACUAAAAUCUUCCGGUGCCCCCCUGUUUAUAGUCACGUCGUGUCACCCCCCACAACUUUGACUUGAAAUUUAGAAGCACCCAAAUUCAUAUUCAUUCAUCGCUUAAAACCAAACCCUCCCCGGCACAAUUUUGAAAUUUCACCUUACAUCAUUAUCUCCUCUCUCCACCAUGCCCCCCACCGUCCGCCGCCUUCCGCCUUUGGCCACAGCGCUGCUACUUUGCGCCUGGUGCGCCACGGCCGCCAAACCCUGCGGAAACUGCGGCACCACCCCGGUCCCUUACCCGCUGAGCUCCGGCCCCGAUUGCGGCGACCAGUCUUACAAGAUCCGGUGCGAAUUUGGCGUCCUCCGAUUCGACACCCUCAACUCCUCCUACGCCAUCAAGUCCAUCAGCCCCCAGGUCCAAAAGCUGGUGAUCCAACCAGCGAGCUUUGCCGGCGACACCUGCGUCACGACGGACCUCCCGAGCCAUGGCGUCCAGCUCAACGCCUCCCUCCCCUUCAACAUCACCAGCGAAAACACCAUCUUCUACCUCAACUGCACCGUCACCCUGUUCAGCUCGCCGCUGAACUGCACGCCGACGAGCCUCUGCCACGUCUACGUCAACAACACGCGCGACGGCGCAGUGUGCAAGGACGCGCCGAUCUGCUGCACGUUCAAGACGGGCGGGUCGGCGACGUCGUACUCGAUCCGGAUCCGGAACUCGGGGUGCAGUGCGUACCGGAGCUUCGUGAACCUGGACGCGUCGGUGCCGGUGAGCAGGUGGUCGGAGCCGGGAGUGGAGAUACAGUGGAUGCCGCCGCGGGAGCCGGUGUGCGCGUCCCAGGCGGACUGCGAUGACGGGUCGGGUUCCAACUCGACGUGCGGGCCCGACCCGAUUAUGGCUGGGAUCAGUCGGUGUUUUUGUAACCGCGGGCUGCAGUGGGACCCAGUUCGUGGACUGUGUGCUGAAGUGUUGACGUGUCAAAAUCCAGGAGGGUGCGACCAGUCAACCAACCGGGCGGCUCUUAUUGCAGGUUUGACCUCCGGCUUGGGCGCAGCGCUCAUAGCCUCCAUCGCCGCCUUUCUGGUAUACAAACGUCACCGUCGCAUCAAGGAGGCGCAGGAGCGCCUCGCCCGCGAGCGCGAGGCAAUCCUCAACGCCAACGGCGGCGGCAAGUCCGCCAAAAUCUUCACCGGUAAAGAGAUCAAGAAAGCCACCAACAACUUCUCCCGGGACCGCCUCCUCGGCGUCGGCGGCUACGGCGAGGUCUACCGAGGAGUCCUAGAUAACGGCUCCAUCGUCGCCAUCAAAUGCGCCAAGCUCGGCAACGCCAAGGGCACCGACCAGGUCCUCAACGAGGUCCGGAUCCUCUGCAACGUCAACCACCGCAGCUUGGUGCGCCUCCUCGGCUGCUGCGUCGAGCUCGAGCAGCCCCUCUUGGUCUACGAGUACAUCCCCAACGGAACCCUCCUCGACCACCUCCGCGGGAACAGAUCCGGACCCGGGCUCUCCUGGAUCCAUCGCCUCCAGAUCGCGCGCGACACAGCGGAGGGGCUCGCCUACCUCCACUCCUCCGCGGUGCCUCCGAUCUACCACCGCGAUGUGAAGUCCAGCAACAUCUUGCUCGACGAGAAGCUGAACGCGAAAGUCUCCGACUUCGGAUUGUCCCGAUUGGCCCUAACCGAUAUGAGCCACAUCUCGACCUGCGCUCAGGGAACCCUAGGGUAUUUGGAUCCGGAGUACUACAGGAACUACCAAUUGACGGAUAAGAGCGACGUUUACAGCUUCGGAGUUGUGCUUUUGGAACUGCUGACCUCUCAGAAGGCGAUAGAUCUGAACAGGGCGGCGGACGACGUCAAUUUGGCAAUUUAUGUGCAGAGGAUGGUGAACGAGGAGCUGUUGAUGGAGGUCGUCGAUCCGGCGCUGAAGCAGGGAGCGAGCGUUUUGGAGGUGGAUACGAUAAAGGCGUUAGGGUUUUUGGCGGUGAGUUGCUUGGAAGAACGCCGGCAGAAUCGGCCGCCCAUGAAAGAGGUUGUGGAGGAGAUCGAGUAUAUAAUGAGUAUUGCUACGACAAAAUCGGCAGAGAGCUAGUUUGGUUUUGAUGGUCAUCAAUGGAGAUUUUCGAUCCAGUGAGAACUCACUUAGAAGAUCAAUGACCGGUUUUUUCUAUGUUUUUUGGGCAAAAGACGUACAGCGUGAGGUUUGUCAAAAAAAAAAAUUGUUAAAAAAAAGUUUUAGCUUAUCUUUGCCACGAGUAGAGAUGUUAAUGGUUUGGGUUUGACACUUUUUGACCCAACCAAAAUUUUAAAUUCUAAAGAAAGCAAGUUCGUUGUGAUGACUACCAA